UAGCGCAAACCGCUUUUUACGACUUCACGACCCGUAACGACUCUCUCAUCUUCUUCGCUUUUCAUUACCUUGCCUUGUAUCCGCUCAACUUGCUGUUGUCGCAACCUCGCUGUAUCAGUACCGCGCCAGCGCAUAACCACGAUUUCCUGCCGUAGAUCACACGUCCUUCCUAGCCUCACCGCCCGCAAGACUUGUCCACGAAACUUUCCGCUGUCUUCGACAGACUCCACUGCAUACGUCGACAUCUUCUUGUAGACGCGACCGACAUUCAUUUCUUACAAAUAUGCCUGAGACCACCAAAGUCGUGCCCCUCACCUGCCACGGGCACUCGCGGCCCGUCCCCCACAUCCACUUUUCUUCAAUCGUGGACGAAGACCAGUUCUACAUUAUCUCAGCAUGCAAGGACGGCAACCCUAUGCUGCGCGAUGGCGUGACUGGCGACUGGAUAGGAACCUUUUUGGGUCACAAGGGCGCAGUCUGGCAAGCGAGGCUUUCUUCAGAUGCUUCGCUCGCAGCAACUGCCUCUGCUGACUUCUCUGCAAAAGUAUGGGACACGCACACAGGCGAGGCCCUCCAUACUCUUUCGCAUAACCACAUCGUUCGCGCCGUCGCAUUCCCCAACCAACCGAAUCCGCAGAUUCUGGCGACCGGAGGCAUGGAGAAGAAGUUGCGCAUCUUCGAUCUUUCGCAGGGUGAGUCAGCGCCGAGCUAUGAGAUUGGCGCAGGCGUACACGCCGGUACCAUCAAGUCGAUCGUCUGGACAUCAGACCCAAACAUCUUGAUCACGGCUGCAGAGGACAAGAAGAUCAGAUGGUGGGAUCUGCGAACACAAUUGAUGAUUGGCGAGUAUGCUGUUGAGGGCGUAGUAGGCACCUGCGAGUUGGAUAACACCUCUCCGGACGGCGUACUGAGUGUGGCCGCUGGAAACAGCGUCUACUUCUUCAACAGCCUCCAGCCAGGAUCGCUGAUCAAGACCAUCAAGACGCCAUACGAGAUCGCAAGUGUAGCGCUGCACAGCGGCGCGCGCAAGUUCAUCACUGGUGGUAGCAACCAGAACGACACUUGGGUCAGGCUUUGGGAUUUCGAUGAGGAAAAAGAGUUGGAGACAAACAAGGGUCACCACGGUCCUGUCUGGUCAGCGAGUUUCUCGCCUGAUGGCAAGCUGUAUGCGACAGGCAGUGAAGACGGUACUGUCAAGCUUUGGAAAUACACAACAGGCGCAUACGGCCUUUGGCGAUAGUCUAUCGAAGUCAAGCAUCCUAGACUUUGGCAAUGCCUUUGCAGUACUUGCCUUAGUCUUCAGAUGCAGUCGCAGAACCACAAUACCCAAUACAAACAUUCAUGCGCG